GUGACCGUUUUAAUUUAUAACCUUCUGUAAUUUAUGCCUUAACCUACAAGGAAAUAUGUAAAUAUUUAUGAUAUGCAGUACAUUUUGGACUUUUUCUCAUUUUCCCAUUGCAAUCACUUAUGAAGCGCUAGAGCCACCAUUGACGACGGUGUUCUUUCCCGAGCAAAGCAAAGCGGAUGAUAGAACAUCACAAAUUUCCCCUUCACGUUUGCUGCUUCGAGGAAAAUUUGACAGUUGUGAAAGAUCCUGCCUCCGCCGUCUGCCAGCCGGCGAACUGCGUCUUUAAAAAAAUUUCCUGGAAGCGCAAGCUCACUUCAAAGAGUAUGGUUUGAUUGACAGUCUUUUGGCUCUAUCAGAAUAGGCCGAGCCACAAGCGCACCAAUUAGAACAGCGAUGGGCGGGUCUUGGGGGGGCAGCCCUUUUUUUGUAAACAAAUGUCGCUCUUUUGACGGCUGCGCGUGCAGUAGCUGAGAAGACGCGGAGGUGUCGGGAGAUCAGCUCCACAGCCUCACUGGAGAUGUUCGCAAAGGCCACAAAGAACUUCACGAAGCAGAUCGACCCAGACGGGUGCCUGAUCCCCGUCUCCCGACUGAACAACUCCGACAAGCUGGACAUGCUGUCGCUCGUCAUCAAGCGCAAUCCGUUCUGGUUCUGGCAGCGGCCCAGAUAUUUGCCGACCGACUUCACUCUGAGCGACGUGCUGCUUGGCGAGGCCAUUCGCCCAGAUGUGGCCGAGUCCGACUUUCUGAAGUACGAGGGGAUGUACUCGGACAACCUGGCAGGGAAGAUCGAUGCAGGCUUGGGAAGGGUCGGCCUCAACCUGGAAGGAAAGGGCAGCUCCAAGCUUCAGUCCUCUUUCGGCCACCUAAAGAAGCAGGAGGUGGACGUCCAGAAUCUGCUCUUUGCUUCCAGAGACAGGUUACUGAAUCUGGACCACUGCCUGGUGCAGCAGACCCGGGAGAAGCGGAACGACGUGUUCGGGGUCCUAAAAGAAAGGAUCUUCACCACUCAACCAUGCUCCAUCACACAGGAGGUCAUGGGACAGGGCUCCUGCGGGGCCGUGUUUGGUUUGCUUGGACCCCAGGACGUGCAGGUGUCGGUGAGGGAGAACGGAAACAUGGAGAAAGACAGCAAUGUCUCCAUGGAGAUCCCUCCACACACAGUCAUAGCGUACAGUAUUAUCGAGCUGGAAGUGAAGCGCGGGGGGCAGUAUGAGCUGUGUCUGCAGCCCGACACUUUGGGUGGGUUUGAGGCCGACUCUGCGGAGGCGGACCCCCUGUGCAUCUCUCCCCUGGACGUGGUCCUAGUAGACGGGCCGAUGGCGGCUGGUUUGCGGGACGAGCUCCUGAUUCCUGGCAACGCGCCGCUCAGCAUCCUGGACGAACACCUGCAGAAGCUGAAGGCCUAUCUCCAGCAGCUGGCUGACCUCCCGGCGCCGACCCGGUCCGGCCUGUUUCUCCUCCUGAAGCGGGUCCUAGCAGACAGAGCGGCGCUCGGUGCCUUGGACGCUGUGCUGGACGAGCGGUGUCGGGGUGGGACGCCUGACCCGGGAGACCCGGAACAGUCCCCUUCUCUGAAGCACGCGGUGAGAGAUCUUCUGGAAAUUCUCCAGCUGAAUCGGCAGGAUCCGAUCCAGGCCGGUGGCUAUAAGUCCCAGGACUCGUCCCCCCUCACGGCCGCGUACCUCCUGAUCAGCGCCAUGGAGGAGAUGAGCGAUGUCGGCCUCGCCCAGCUGGAGUGGUUUUGCAGUCCCCCCAACCUAAAGGCCCUGAACAGCCUGGUGAGCCGCCUGCUGGUGGGCGGGGAGUGUAACCUCCAAGACCCGCUCCUGAGCUCCCUGGUCGGCGAGGAGGCGGCGCGAAGAACGGAGCGGCUCUUCCUGUCGUCUAACGUUGAGCUGCGAACGGAGAGGGGCCGACUGCGGGCAGAGACCGGUCCGCAGCCCGGACUCCUCCCGCUGGUCAUGUGCGUGACCAUUCAGGGCUUGGCCUCCCUGGGCACUGGACAGUAGGCCACCUGUGAAGCUCUGUGUGUGUGUG